AUGCCAGUGUCCGAUUUACGAGCUCUUGUGAAGCAGGAGCGUCAUGCGUGGAUUACUAUGGAGAACAUUGAGGAGUUCUUGGCAACGUAUGAUGAAGUGCGUGAUAAGUGCGUAGUGCAGUUUCGUAUGCAGAAACUUGACGAAGUGUACGACAAGUAUUGUGAAGUGCGAGUACAAAUUGAGGUUCAAACUGACGAUCUGGAUAUACAGGAUGCAGCUAAGGAUGAAUCAGGCGAAAGCAGACCGCAGGACAUGGCUGAGGCUCGGAAGAGGGAGAACGAAGAAAUCUUUAAGGAGUUCGAGAAUAAAUACUUCAGACUGAAGCAGCAGUUAUUUUCGAAGACGGUCGGAAACGCUGGAGAUGUGUCGGGACGGCAAACGGUAGGCGAAGCGUGUCAGCCGUCACGGAUAAAGUAUCCAGAGCUGAGGCUGCCCACUUUCUCUGGCAAGCUUUCUGAAUGGAUCAACUUCCGGGACAAUUUCAAGUCAUUGAUCCAUGACAACAAUCAGUUGAAUUGUAUUGACAAGUUCAACUAUCUUCGAACGUCAUUGAAGGAUGAAGCUCAACUCCAGAUCAACCAAAUCCAGGUCAGCUCUGCAAACUACGCCCUUGCUUGGGCCACUCUGGAGGCCAAAUACGAGAAUCACAAGCUGAUUGCUCAAGAACACUUGAGAGCCAUUUUCGCGGUUGCUCCGAUGAAGGUGGAAGGCUAUCAGGGAUUGAAUCAUCUCCUAACGACAUUUAGGGUCAAUUUGCAGCAGCUGGAGAAGCUAGGAGAGAUUACCGACAACUGGGGUACGCUACUCGCGUUCAUGCUUUCCCAGAAGCUUGAUGACGAUACGAUGCGACACUGGGAAACGCACCACAGUUCGAAGGACAUUCCAUCGUACAAGCCCAUGGUGGAGUUCCUGGAAAAACACUGUGCUAUUCUUCAGUCCACGUCAGCGCGAAGGAGCAUCGAGUUCAAGAGGCCGGUUAAGAGUCAAGUGGUUCAUGCUGCAGUGUCAUCUGAUGCGAUUUGCCAAGUCUGCAACGGUGGAUCGCAUUCCAUUGAGCAGUGUAGACGCUUCGGGAAAAUGAAGGUCAUCGAUAGGAAGAUGAUCGUGCGGAAGCUUGGAUUGUGUCUGCAGUGUCUGCGAUCUGGACACUUUGUCAUGGAUUGUUCGAGGUCUGCUUGUGGCAAAUGCGGAGGAAAUCAUCAUUAUAUGCUCCAUCCAUACGUCGCUCCGGUGAGCCAGGAGCAAACUUCAAGCCAACCCUCCUCCCAAGUCCAAACGAAGAGACCUCAAGUCGCGAACCCACCGUCACAGCACUCAUAUCAGGCCCAAACCCGGAACAAUUCACACAACAACCCACAGCCUACACAAACACCAAGUACAUCUUCGCAGUAUGCACGCUUGAUACCUCCCACCAAUACUCCUACAAUACACCACACUGCUACAACAUCCGAAACACACCAUCAGUCAAGCAUUGCGCUUCUGUCUACCGCUAUCGUGAAACUUGGUGAUCGUCACGGAAACACCGUAUUUGCGCGCGCUUUGCUGGACAACGGUUCACAGAUCUGUAUUAUGUCCGAGUCGUUGUCUCAGAAGUUGAAGUUCCAGCGAGAUCGAGAAAAUUUGCCUGUGAAAGGUGUGGGUGGUUGUUCGUCUGUCAGCAAGCAAGCAGUGUUAGCUACAAUUUCUUCGUGCAAUUCGUCGUACGUGUCGUGUGAACUGAAGUUCUAUGUGCUGUCGAAGAUUACGUCGAACCUGCCGCAGCAAAGCUUCGAUAUUUCCUCGUGUCAUUUACCGGAGGGAAUUUCUCUGGCGGAUCCAAACUUCAACGAGUCUGCGGCGGUUGACGUGAUUUUGGGUGCGGUUAUCUUCUACGACCUCCUGUUGGACUCACAGCGAAAGCUCCCUGGUUCGGGAUUGAUUCUUCGGAACACACAGCUGGGAUGGAUUGUUGCCGGAAGUAUUCCAGAUGCCUCUGUGGUCAGCUACAACACGGUAGCCUCUGCGCCUGUGACUACGGAAGAACUCCGUGAGGAACUAGCGAGGUUCUGGGAGCUGGAAUCAUGUCGCACGAAGAGCUGUCUGUCCAUCGAGGAGUCUGCAUGCGAAGCUAUUUUUAAGGAGACAACUACCAGAGAUUCAGAUGGCAAAUUUCGAGUAACGCUGCCGAAGAGAAAGAACAUGAUCGAGAAGUUGGGAAAAUCGAAGCUGAUAGCAAAGAAACGUUUCCUGUCAAUGGAGAAACGGUUGGACGCCAACACAGAAAUGAAGGCGCUAUACACAGCUUUCAUGCACGAAUACUUGCAAAUGGGGCAUAUGCAAGAAGUCGUAAACGGCAGCGAAGAUGAAGUUUCUGCUCCGGAAUAUUAUAUCCCGCACCACGCAGUGCUGAAGCCCGACAGCACGACUACAAAACUAAGAGUAGUUUUCGAUGCAUCCUGCGCUACUGAUUCUGGUGUGUCAUUGAAUGACGUCUUGAUGGUGGGACCUGUUGUUCAAGAUGAUCUCCGAAGUAUCCUGUUGCGGUUUCCCAUGUUUAAAUAUGCUAUUGUUGGAGACGCGGAGAAAAUGUACCGGAUGGUAUGGCAAAGCGAGCAGGAUCAGCAGCUGCACAAAAUAUUCUGGAGAGAUACGUCCCAGGAGCCAUUGCGGACGUUUAAGCUCACCACUGUGACGUAUGGUACGUCAUCAGCACCCUACCUGGCUACUCGGUGCCUAAACCAGUGUGCCGAAGAAGGAGCGGAUCGCUAUCCCGUUGGAUCUAGGGUGGUCAAACGGAGCUUCUAUGUGGACGACAUGCUAGCAGGAUCGCAUACCAUCGAAGAAGGCAUUCUACUGUGCAAGGAAGUUCUGGAGCUUCUGAAGGGGUCAGGAUUCAACCUGAGAAAGUGGAAUUCCAACAAUUCGCAGAUUUUGAGAACGAUUCCUUCCCAUCUGAGAGACGAUCGUGAACUUCUGGAUUUGGACGAGAAGACAACUGUCAAGACGCUGGGCAUUACCUGGGAGCCAGCUACCGACACGCUAUGGAUCAAAGUUCCUGAUUUGAGGCCAAGUGGGCCAAUCACGCACCGUGUGGUGCUAUCAGAGAUAGCUCGUUUGUUUGAUCCAUAUGGGUUAGUUGGUCCGGUGGUGGUCCAGGGGAAAAUAUUCCUUCAAGAGUUGUGGAAGGGAAAAUACUCGUGGGAUGAGCCACUCAGCGAAGAACUUCAGUCACGAUGGUUGGAGUUCAGAACCAAUCUUCGAGAGUUGGACACGGUAUCUGUUCCUCGGUGGAUCGGUUUAGGUAAAGACAUUAUCUCGUGCGAGUUCCAUGGAUUCAGCGAUGCAAGCGAUAAGGCGUACGGUGCAGCGGUUUAUUUGCGCUGUAUGGACCGAAACGGAAAUAUUACCGUCAACCUGCUGAUGGCAAAAUCUAGGAUUGCGCCAUUGGAGGAUCUCAGCAGAAGAAAGAAAAGGCAGUCCACGCCCAGGCUGGAGCUAUCUGCAGCGCUACUGUUGGCGCACUUGUACGAAUCUGUCUCAACCAGCAUGGCGAUUGAAGCGAAGUCAUUCUUCUGGACUGAUUCUACAAUUGUCAAAUGCUGGAUUUCCUCACACCCGUCAAGAUGGCAAGCUUUCGUGGCCAACCGUGUAUCGGAGAUACAGCACACCACAAAGGAUGGUGCUUGGAACCAUGUUCCGGGGAUCGAGAAUCCUGCGGAUAUAAUAUCGAGAGGAGCAACUCCAGCUCAAAUAGCGGACAGUUCCCUGUGGUGGACUGGUCCAGAUUGGUUGAAAAUGGAUACACAGUAUUGGCCAGUAAGCACGCUGGCUCCAGAACAGCAAUUCGAUUCGGUGACCCUGGAAGAAAGACCGCUACUGUCAGCCGUUCUACAGAUUCUGCCUCCGAAUGAAAUCUUCACGCUGCGAUCGACUCUGCUGAAUACUAUACGCAUAACUGCUUGGAUCCGUCGGUUCUCGUUCAACUGCAAACCACGAAACAAAUUUCAGCGAAGGUGCGGCAUCAUAACAGCCGCCGAACACGAAGCAGCAUUACUAGUUUUGGUGCAACUCGCCCAAUCGGAAUGCUUUCCGCUGGAAUUGUCUGAUCUUGCGUCAAAAAAUGAAGUCAGAACAACAUCGAAGCUCCGAAACCUUAACCCGAUAAUGGUUGAUGGGACACUAUGCGUUGGCGGCCGGCUUGGAAAUGCUCCAGUUUCGCGAGGGCGCAGACACCCGAUUAUCCUGGAUAGCCGCCAUCCUUUAACGAAGCUAAUUGUAAUCGACUACCAUCUCCGACUGCUCCAUGCAGGCCCUCAGUUGAUGAUAUCCUGCAUACGGGAAAGAUUUUGGCCACUGAGUGUGAGAAACUUGGCCAAAAGGGUGACGCAUGAAUGCGUCAAAUGUUUUAGAGCGAAACCAACGGUUCACGAGCAGCUGAUGGGAGAUUUGCCGAUUGAGAGAGUUUCGCCUGCUCCUGCCUUCCAACGGGUGGGAAUUGACUACUGUGGACCCUUCGAACUGCAGCCUGCAACGAGGAAAGGCGCUCCUGUGAAAUGUUACCUCUGCGUGUUCGUUUGCAUGGCGUGCAAAGCCGUACACAUCGAGGUAGUUAUGGACCUAACUACAGAAGCAUUCCUUGCCGCUCUGAGAAGAUUCGUCGCCAGACGUGGGAAGCCAAUCGAAAUCUACUGCGACAAUGCGACAAAUUUCGUUGGAGCACGGAGGCAGCUGAGUGAGUUAGACCGCAUGUUUCAGCGACAGCAACUUCAAGAGCAGCUUUGCGCAGAAACCUCAAGAGACUCGAUAACCUUCAAGUUCAUACCAGCCAAGUCACCCAAUUUUGGCGGCUUGUGGGAAGCUGCGGUGAAAUCGCUGAAGGGCCAUAUGAAAAGGGUCAUUGGUAACAGGAUGCUGAAACCUGAUGAGAUGCACACCAUCGUAGCUCAAAUAGAGGCAUGCCUCAAUUCGAGACCUUUGACUCCGCUUAGCAACGACCCGAACGAUUUGGAAGCAUUAACUCCAGGCCAUUUCCUGAUGCAGCGUCCGCUCACUGCGAUGCCGGAUCCUAGACUUCUGGAGCUACCGGAGAACAGACUCUCCAGGUGGCAGAUGAUGCAGCGGUUCAACCAAAUGAUCUGGAGACGAUGGUCAACUGAUUAUCUGUCGAAUCUUCAGAGUCGCAACAAGUGGACAAAGCACCGGAACAACUUGAACGUCGGAACUAUGCUUCUAUUGAAAGAGGAUAAUAUUCCACUUCUCAUGUGGCGACUGGAACGCGUGAUCGAGAUCCAUCCAGGGCAGGAUGGAAACGUGAGGGAUGUCACCGUUCGCACGAAGGAGGGUCAAUAUCGCCGGGCAAUCUCCAAAAUUUGUAUUCUGUCCAUCAGGGACAACCAGACCGAAGAAUCAACACGCCAGCAAUAA